UUGUCCACUUUUUUACCAUUGGGUGCAUCACGACACUCAAAGGUUGAGCAACUGUUGAAUAAUUCGUCAACGUUAUUGGUCUGAAUGUAAGGAUCUAACAGUAAAGACCAAUAGUCACUAAUCGCUCACUGAGCGGUUUUCUUAUACUCAUAUAAUAACGUUAACCUAAAAAUUGUGUCAUUUGGAAAUAGUGCAAUCUAUAUAAUUAUACGAUAAUACAAAAAGCAGUAUAUAUUUAGUAGUUAAUUAUUCACAUAUAAACAAUACAGCAUUUGAUACAUAAUGCGUCUUGGAUCAGCUCUAUUAGCCGCUUUGUACCAUAAUAAAAUUCCUUAUAGAUUCAGAGGGAAAUACCGUAUUGUCAAAAAACCAACUAUGCAUGAUUUGCUUAAGAUGAAACAAGAUUUUGAAAGAGAAGAGUUAAACAUGUUGAUUCUGCGACAUCCCUACCUUACAAUUGAACAGUCGUAUAAUCACAGAUCUGCAGUAUGUAAUACAUCAUCAUUUUGGGAUAACAUAUGGGAAUUAAAAAAACAGAAAUUUUCUAAGCAGAUUACUUAUACUGAGCGUCUUUCCCAUUUAGGAUAUGGAGAAAAAUGGGAUUAAUACAAAUGUUUUUUAAAUAUGUAAAUAAAAAUCUAUCUCAUGUAUGAUUUUAGCUGUCUUUAAAUUAAUAUCUGAAUUAAAUUGAUAUUC